AUGGCCACAACAUUGAAUGCCCAGUCGGCUUUGCCGAAUCAGGGCACCUUCAUGACCCGCCAGACUUCCUCCCCUCUCCCGGAUCUCUCCUCGCUUCCAAGCGACUUCUUAGAUCACCUUCUCCUCAUCACACAGACUCUGGUCAACUCUAGACCACCGCCUGCCGUGAUGCGUGCCAUGUCCAGCGAUCCAACACGAAGCGCAAAUGGUGCACCUUUCGAGAAACACGGCCACGAGCUCGCAGAUGAUGUCGCUUCCAUUGACUUGAACCAUCCCAAAAAACACACCGACGGCCUUGUCUGCUUGCCUUUGCCCCAGUUCAACUCUCCCCAGUGCGACGAGCGGACCAAGACCAUCGAGGCCAAUCUCUCAAAGCUCGCAGAGAGGCUAUGGCGUGCCGAAGACCACCUCGAAGUCGUAGCUCGUAGUCAAGAGCUCGUUCGCACUCCAGGCGCACAGGAGGAUCCUUCCGACCCAUUACAACACAACGAUAACCUCUUCUUUGGCAAGCCUUUCCCUUACCCGCUCUCCCAUGCACAGCCUCAAAGCUCCUCAUAUCCUCUCAGCUACCCACUCGGCAUGAGUCUCAACGGUCCUGUACUACUCGGCGGUCAACCAUCACGCAACGACGACCCCAUCGCUUCCUUCGAAAAGUACAACGACGAGAGCGGCCUCUCUGCUCAAGAAGAGCUGCGUCUGCUCAAAGCUCAGGUUCAGGAUAUUGCUCGCGUCUGUAAAGCCGUCGCUUUCGGAGAUCUCACUCAGCACAUUACCGUCCCCGUUCAAGGUCACGUCAUGGUCGAACUCAAGGAUAUCAUCAACCAGAUGGUCGAUCGUCUUUCGCAUUUCGCCGCCGAAGUUACCCGUGUCUCGCUCGAAGUAGGAACUCAAGGCAAGCUCGGUGGUCAAGCCGAAGUACACGGCGUCGAAGGCACAUGGAAAGAACUCAAGGAUGUCGUCAACCGUCUUGCUGCCAACCUCACCAACCAGGUUCGAGGUGUCGCCCUCGUCACCAAGGCUGUCGCUCGUGGAGAUCUCUCCCAAAAGAUCGAAGUCGAAGCCGACGGAGAGAUUCUCGAGCUCAAGGUCACGAUCAAUGUCAUGGUGGACCAACUUCGUCACUUUUCCACCGAAGUCACUCGUGUUUCGCGUGAGGUAGGCAGCAAAGGUCAGCUCGGAGGUCAAGCCAACGUACCGGGCGUUCAAGGUGUUUGGAAGGAGCUUACCGAUAAUGUCAACCGCAUGUGCUCCAACCUCACCGGUCAGGUACGAUCCAUCGGUAUGGUCACUACUGCCGUCGCAAAGGGUGAUCUCGCCAAGACUAUCGACAUUGACGCAGAAGGAGAGAUGGCACAGCUUAAAGAUACCGUCAACUCGAUGGUCGGUCAGCUCCGUAUCUUUGCCAGUGAAGUCAUCCGCAUGUCCAUGGAGGUCGGUACCUACGGAAAGCUUGGUGGUCAAGCGCAUGUGCCCAACGUCGAAGGUACUUGGAAGGACUUGACAGAGAAUGUCAACAAGAUGGCCGACAACCUCACAUCGCAAGUACGAGAGAUUGCACGUGUCACCAAGUGUGUCGCCGAAGGUGUGCUCACCGAGUUCAUCAACGUCGAUGUCAAGGGUGAGAUCCUCGAUCUCAAGCUCACCGUCAACAACAUGGUUCGUCAACUCAAGACACUCUCCGAUGAGAUCAUUCGUGUCUCGGUCGAGGUAGGCACCGAAGGUCGACUCGGAGGUCAAGCCAAGGUCAACGACGUCAAGGGUCAGUGGCAGGUGCUGACCGAGCGAGUCAACAUGAUGGCCAGCAACUUGACAACACAGGUGCGAUCAAUUGCCACUGUCACAACCGCUGUCGCACGCGGUGACCUCAGCAAGACCAUCAACGUCGAAGUUCGCGGCGAGUUCCUUGACCUCAAGUUGACGGUGAACAACAUGGUGGAAUCCUUGCGAACCUUCUCCUUCGAGGUAACACGAGUCGCCAAGGAGGUCGGUACCGAAGGCAAGCUUGGUGGUCGUGCUACUGUGCUUGGUGUCGGCGGUACAUGGAAGGAUCUCACCGACUCGGUCAACACCAUGGCUGCCAACUUGACGCUCCAAGUGCGUGCCAUUGCUCACGCCACCACAGCAGUAGCCCGCGGUGACUUGACGCAAAAGGUGACCAUCCCCGUGUCCGGAGAGAUGCUCGACCUUGUCAACACCAUCAACAACAUGAUUGACCAGCUCAGCUUCUUCGCUUCCGAAGUCACACGUGUUGCUCGUGAGGUGGGUACUGAGGGCAAGCUUGGUGUCCAGGCGCAAAAGAAGGAUAUCGAGGGCACAUGGGGCGAGAUCACGGACAAUGUCAACAUCAUGGCCAACAACUUGACCUCGCAAGUGCGUGCCUUUGCCCAAAUUACAGCUGCUGCCACCGACGGCGACUUUACACGAUUCGUCACCGUUGAGGCAUCAGGUGAGAUGGACUCGCUCAAGACCAAGAUCAACCAGAUGGUGUACAGUCUUCGCGACAGUAUCCAGAAGAACACCGCAGCAAGGGAAGCCGCCGAGCUGGCCAACAGAUCCAAGUCCGAGUUCUUGGCGAAUAUGUCGCACGAGAUUCGAACACCUAUGAACGGUAUCAUUGGUAUGACGGCGCUCACAUUGGAGACCGAAUUGUCGCGCUCGCAGCGUGAAAACCUUGUCACUGUUUCCACGCUGGCUGGCAACUUGCUUGCUAUCAUCGAUGAUAUUCUCGAUAUCUCCAAAAUCGAAGCUGGUCGCAUGAACGUUGAAGAGAUUCCCUUCUCGCUGCGUGGUAUCGUCUUCAGCGUCCUCAAAACACUCUCGGUGCGAGCGACGCAGAAGAAGCUGAAUCUCAUGUAUGAGGUGGCACCUGACUGCCCUGACCCGCUUAUCGGAGACGCACUCCGACUCAAGCAGAUCAUUACCAACCUGAUCGGCAAUGCCGUCAAAUUCACCGAUGCGGGCGGACGUGUCGCGCUCAAAUGCAAACUCUCUAAGAUGGUCAAUAGCAACCAAGCUAUGCUCGAGUUCUGUGCAUCAGACUCGGGUAUCGGUAUCAAGCAGGACAAGCUCGAUGUCAUCUUCGAUACUUUCUGCCAAGCUGAUGGCUCAACAACGCGCAAGUACGGUGGUACUGGUCUGGGUCUUUCGAUCUCGCGACGACUUGUCAACCUUAUGGGUGGUGAUCUCUGGGUGCGCAGCAACUACGGCAAAGGGUCCGAUUUCUUCUUCACUAUGGUGGUCAAGUUGGAUCAGAUCUCACCUGAUCAAGUCAAGGAGAAGAUCCGACCUUAUGCCGGACGCAACAUCUUCUACCUCGACACGCUGCACGACGAGACGGGUGUUCAGGCUAUGAUCGAAGACCUCAGUCUCAAGCCAUUCACAGUGCACAGUGUGGAAGAAGCAUCGCAUCGCAAGCGCGGUAUGCCACGUAUCGACGCUAUCAUUGCUGAUUCCCUUGCUGUUGUGGAGGAUCUGAGAAACGUCGAACACUUGCGAUACAUCCCUAUCAAUCUCGUCUCUCCUGCUCAGUUGACCCUCAACCUGACCUACUGCUUAGACCACGGCAUAAGCUCCUACAUCAACACUCCCACCUCCGUCGCUGAUCUCUACUACGCCCUCCUCCCCUCCCUCGAAUCUUCCGCCGCCACCCCAACCGAAGGCUCCAACGAAGUCACCUACGACAUUCUCCUCGCAGAAGAUAACGUCGUCAACCAGAAACUGGCAUGCAAGAUUCUCACCAACCAAGGUCACAAAGUUGACAUUGUCGACAACGGCCAUCUUGCUGUCAUGGCGGUGAAGAAACGACAGUACGACGUGAUCUUGAUGGAUGUCAGCAUGCCAGUUAUGGGAGGAAUUGAAGCUACAAUGGCCAUUCGAGAGUUUGAAAAGACUCUCGGAGAUGAACAGGUGCCGAUCGUGGCAUUGACAGCACAUGCGAUGUUGGGUGAUAAGGAGAAGUGUUUGCAGGCUGGAAUGUCGGCAUAUGUCAGCAAACCGAUUAGGAGGGUCGAGUUGAUAAGUACGUUGCAUUCGCUGUUGAGUCAGAAGAAGAGUAGCGAUAAGAGAGCCUAA